AUGUCCCCAACACGAGCCGACAUCCGCGUGGCAAUCACAGGCGGAGGCCUAGCAGGAGCGACAUGUCUACGUGCGCUGCUGAAACACGACCACAUCGACGCCCACAUCUUCGAGUCGGCACCGGCUUUCAAAGAAGCCGGACAAGCCAUCGGCAUGGCCCGAAAUGCAUACCAGGCCCUGGAACUCAUGGACCUCCAGCACUGCCUAGCAGACGCGGGCGCCGUAACGCAAUCGAACGCAACUUUCAUGUUGGCCGAAGGCACGGAAGCCGGCAAGGUCGUCGACACCAUCGACGCCACUGAAGGCAAACGCGUCACCAGUAUCGUUCAUCGGGCAGAAUUUCUCAGACAGCUUCUAGCUGGAGUGAGCCCGGAGAAGAUGCACGCAUCGAAGAAGCUGGCAACAGUAGACCGCCAUCCGGAUGAAUCGCUCACGCUCCACUUCCAAGGUGGAACCACCCAUGACUGCGACCUUCUCAUCGGCGCCGACGGCAUCCACAGCACCGUCCGCAAAAUCCUCCUCGGCGACGACCCUGCCGCAAACCCUGUGCCCGGGGGUUGGUUUUUCCUCGCUUCACUCCAGCCAUACGAGAAGUUGCGGUCCGUGCUUGGUGAGGCAUAUGUCAACAAAGACGACCCUCGAGAGUACGACUGGUUCGGCCAUGGCGGGUUCAUGAUGCAUAACUUCCUCAGCGACGGCAACCUCGUGCAGUUCAUUGCGUGCGUUGCCACGGACUCGCCGGACGACUCGUGGAUGAAGUCGGUUCCCUCUGCGCAGAUGAAGGGGUAUUUCAAGGGGUAUCCCCAGCACUUGCAGGAUGCUCUGGCUGUGGUAAGUCGACACAUACACCAAAGGGCCCUCUCUUGGCAUUAAGAAUGAUCUUUCGUUGACAGUGAAGCAAUAGGCCCUCGAGGGAGAAGAAGAAGAAGAAGAAGAAGCAAAAUGCAUCUGCAUCUGGGAGCACCUCCCUGCCCGCACCUACGCCGACGGACCGAUCUGCGUCAUGGGCGACGCCGCCCACGCCACUUCGCCCUGGCAGGGCUCGGGCGGCGGCAUCUCCAUCGAAGACGCCCUGGUCUUGUCCUCCCUCCUCGGCCAGAUCACACCCGGUUCGCCCGGGGAUAUCUCGACCGCGUUGCAAGUCUACGACGACGCACGCCGAGCACGCACUCAGCGAGUCGUCGAAUCGAGUCGCGGCACAGGUCGGCUCUUCACGGGCAGGAAUCCGGAUUAUACACUCGAUGUCGUCGGCUUGCGGGGCAGAGUCGCUUCGAGGUGGGAUUUCAUCUUGGAUCUUUGA